UCAUAAGAGUAUAAUUACAUUUCUUGUUGAAUAUUUCUGCAUAGUGUUAUUUUACCUGUGCACUUUACUCGAGUAACAAGGUCAAUACCAAAGUUAAAGCUCCCAUUCAGCAAAAUGUUUACACCACGUGAUACGGCAUAUAAGGUAUCGGUCUACCGUGUUGCCCUUAUAAGGCUUUGGUUUGUUUCCUACGAGGUACGGCUAUCAACGAAUUCAAAUCCGAGUCAGGGUCGGAGCUGUAACAACCUGAACCAUAAUCUCACAAAAUUCACCGACUGGUUGGUUGUGUACGAUGCCAUAUAAGGAAAUGACGAAACUAACAAUAAAUGUACAAAAUUCGUCUUCAUUGCUUGUUGUUAUCAUUUUGGCAAAAUGUUUGGAGUCUUUACGUUUAUACAUAGUGGUAACCUCAUCGAAGAUAUGGUGAAACAGGACAGGGUUGAUAUAUUGGACUUGUUCCUGGAGAGUGGGGUGGAUAUCGGACAGUUUCUCUCGGAAGAAAGCCAGCCAUUUUCUAACCCUCGUGUCGUUAUGGACAAUGUAAUACCGCCCUUCAAUCAGACGGACGUCCAGCCGGAUAACAAUCUAGACAACGCCCUCUACAGUGAAGCAGAUUUUCAGCUGAAUGAUAAUGUCACAUCAAUGGUAGAUGUUAACGAGCAGGACACAUCUGUCCCUGUGAUAGAAGACCCUAUAGUAGAAGUGAUUAUAGAAAGCAGUCAAACACCUACCUCAAGUUACGAGUGCAGCUCUGAAGGAUUCCAGCAUUUGGAGGAAAACGUCUCGACUCAUUUCCCAUUCGAUGACCUUGACCCUUCUCAAAAUUUCUUUGCGGAGGAGGUUUCACAGACAGAUCUGGAUAUUGACCUCAGUCCGUUGCUGAAGGAAGGAAUCAAACAUAAAAUCAAAUCAAGAAGGAUUGCUGAGGGGAAGGAGGAAAUCCGAGUAGAGUUCAAGGAACCGUCUCCUGAAAGAUUAACCCCUGAGGAGGAAGAACGGAGGCGGAUCAAACGAGAGAAGAACAAACUGGCUGCCCAGAAAUGUCGAAGCAAAAAGAGAAAAUUGGGCGACACGCUAGAAGAGGAGACCUUAAAAUUAGAGGAAAAACAGGAAAAACUACAGGAACAGGUUCAGAAACUCCGAGAAGAAAGAGAGCACCUGUUGGACAUCCUUAAAAUUCACAGCCAGGUCUGUCCCAAGAUGGCUAGACUGACAUCAUGACGCUCAAACCUCGCACUGUUUGAUGUAGCAAAUGAAUAAGUCGUCUCCUAAGAACUUGUUGUCAAAACAAGCAUGCAUUUCAAUGUCCAGAGAAAUUCCUUGUGAGGAAAAUGCAACUAUGUUGACAGGAAGUGUUGCCCUGUGGUGUCAUUAGAGCUCAAAACAGUUUGUGCUGAUUUUCUCAUCAUUGGUAUCUGACUGAGAGACAUGGAGAGCUUUAGGUUUUGUUUGAUUCUGCGAGAAGCCGGAACUGCCUGAAAAAGGUCAACAAUACCUAUGUGAUACGAUUAUUUUCCGUUCUUGAAUCGGCGGAAAGACUAGAAAAACUAAUAUUGUUUAUCAUAAAGAUCUGAUGUAGUCAUUUAGUUUAUUAAUUAGAGACUAAUGAUGAUGUUUUGUUCUGAGGUAUUCCAGAGCAAAACUAACGACGAAACCGCUUUCAGUGGUGUACUUGCCAAUUUUUACAUAAGAAUGUUAUUUUCAAUCAAAUGGCUCUUUGUAUAAAUGGCAGCGAAUUUUUACGAUUACGAAACUUUAUAUUUGUUCAUACAUAUUUUGUAAAGCAAAUCUUCUAUACAUUGAUUUUGAUAAAGGAGGAUAAGAGAAUUUUGGGUCGAACAUACUCAGGUAUUGAACCGAUUUUUUGCCGGAAUUUCAUUAAAUGUCAUUUCAUGUAAAAUGCAACACAUCCUCCUUAUCCAGUCGUUCUGAAGGUGUUUUGUCUUAUUUAAGACAACGUUUUGAAAGGUUAUACAUAUGUAUGUGUAUGUUUUGUUUGAUGUUGUUUCGGUAAUUAAAUUAUUGAAUGGUU